AUGAGAGUUUCGAAUGGAGUAUCUUUAUGGACCACAUCUGAGGGCUUAGACAAACAUGUCCUCGUGACCGGGGCCGCUGGGUUUCUGGGCUCCAACAUGGUAGAUGUUCUACUGCACCAGGGCCACCGGAUCAUUGGCCUCGACAAUUACCAGGUCGGAGUACCAGAGAACAUAGGUCAUUUAGAGAAUGACCACCGAUUCCAGAUGAUCCGGUAA